UAUAAAAUUGAUAUAUACAUAUAUAUAUACGUAUAAAUUUUUAUAAAUUUUCAUAAUUGAUCAAACGGUAUUAAUAAUAAAAUGAUGCCGUUUUAUGAAUCUGAUAAAUUGACAGAGGAUAAAUCAUUUAAUGAUGGGGAAUUUACAUUAUAUGUAAAUAAUUUACCUGCAGAAUUAAAUAAGCAUGGAUUAUUACAAAUUUUCAAUCACUAUGGACAAAUCAAAGAAUAUUUUUAUCGUCCAAAUACUAAUUGGGCUUAUAUUAGUUAUAAUACAUAUCGAGAAGCAGAAAAUGCUAUAAAAGAUUUACAUAAUAUACCACCAUUACAUUUGAAAGUAUCAUUUGCCAAAGAAAAAGAUUUUAAUGAAAUUCAAUCUGUAAAAACAUCUACUACUAAAAAUAUUGAAGAAGAAAGUAAAAAUGUUAGUGCAAUACCUAUUACAUUAGCAGAUAAGGAAUUGAUACAAACAACAAGAGGACGAGGCAAACCUUUAGAUAUAUUUAAAAAAAUUCAACCAAAUCCAGGAUUACCAAAGUACACUUAUACAUCAGAUAAUGAUUUAUUAUAUCCAUAUCCUUGUGAACCAUAUACAUAUAAUCCAUAUGAAAAUGCAGAACCUUAUACAAAUACAAAUACAUUAUGGACAAGAGGACAAUUAACAAUUACUCCAGAUGGUAAGAGACAUGUUUCACUUGGUCGAGGUUAUACAUUAUAUGAAAUUCCAGAACCUAAUCCUGAAAUUCAUAAUCAUAUUAACAAAGUAUAUGAAAAACGUAAUUCUGGUUUAUAUGAGUAUGGAAAAGAUAUGUUACAAAAUGCAAUUGGAACAUGUAAAAUAUGUUUGAAAAAGACAAAAUAUACUUGUGAAAAAUGCCAUACAUUUUACUGUAGCAGAAAUUGUCAAGUAGCUGAUUGGUCACAACAUAAAAUAGAAUGUGCUAUACCAGCUUUAGUAACAUCUAUGCAUUCUAUGUCUAUAUUUCAAUCAAAUAAUGAAGAACAAAUGUCUACUAGAAAUAUUUCUAAUAUUCAAAUACCUUUACGACGACCAAAAAAAUUAAUAAACACAAUAACAAAUUCGAACGAAAUUUCUCAUACUGUUUCAGAAAAUAAAAAUAUGGAUAAUAUAUCUGGAAAUAAUUCUUUUUUAUGUAAACAAUCAAUUAAUGAAAUUUUUAACAAUAAUAAAAGCAUAGAAGAAAUAGAUAGUCAAGAAAAUGUUAGAAAAUGGCAAAAAUUUAAUGAAAAUGAUGUAAUGAUGAUGGAAAAUGAAAUAUCUUUUUGUAAUAAUACAUUUUUAUCCAAAAUAAAAUUUACUGAUGUAACAAUAAUAAUGAAAGAAGGUUGUGAAUAUUGGGUCCAAAAAGUAGAAGAUCAGAAUUCUAUUUCUCAAUUAAUGACUGAAUUACAAAAGGAAGCACAAAAUGCACAAAAAAUAGAACCAGUAAUUGGAAAUAUUUGUGCUAUAGAAUAUGAAGGUGUAUGGCAUAGAGCUGUAAUUACAUGUUUAAAUCCCGUAAAAGUACAUUAUAUAGAUUAUGGUAAUGAAGAAAUUGCUCAAACAAAUGAUUUUCGUAAAAUUGAUAAAUAUAGAAAUAUUCCAAAAUUUUGUACUAAAAUUCGAUUAUCACAAAAAGCAUAUGAAAAAUAUAAGAAUCUUAAAUUUGAGGAUGUAAUAAGUGUGAAAAUGAUAUCAAUUGAUUCUAAUAAAAUUAUUAAUGUUGAAGUUCAAAAUGAAAAUGAUAUUUCAAGUUUAGAAAUAAUUGAAAAAAUGGAUAUUUCAACCAAUGUAAAAAUUGAUAAAAAUGUGAUUUCUUCAAAAAUAAUAACUGAUAAUAAACUAUCAAGUUCUUUAAAUAAAGUAAAAAGUAUAAUAAGUGCAAUAUCUGUUGGAGAAAAUGGUAUUCUAGAAAUUCAUGCAGAAAUAAAAAAUGAUACCUACAGUAUUACAUUACUACCUAACAAUGCAAUACCUGAUUAUGAAAAAUUAUUAACAGAAUUACCUAUAAUGUGUGCAAAAGCAGAAUGUUCAAAUCAUAAACCAAAUGUAGGAGAUUUAAUAUGUGGUCAAAGAUUUGAUGGUGAUUGGCUUAGAGGCUAUAUUUUAUCUCUUACACCACCUUUAAAAAUGGUUAUAAUAGAUGAAGCUAGAAUAAUGCCAAUUAAUAAAACUGUAACAUGUGAUAAAACUUUUUCAAAUAUUUAUGCAUUUGGUGCAAUAUGUGAAAUAACUGAUACUAAACAUAAAUUUAAGGAAGGUGAUCAUUAUGAAUUUAAAGUUAUAGCACAAAAUAUUAAUAAUGAACAACAUGAAAUUGAAAUAGAAAUUUCGAAUAUUUCGAAAAAUCAAGAUAAAUUAAAAGCUAUUGUAAAACCUUGGAUACCAAUGCCUGAACAAAAAGGAUUACAAUAUGCUGAAUUGAAAAGUGGAUCUGAGGUAUGCCUUACUUCUUAUAGAAGUCACAAUGUUUUAUAUGCUCGUUCUUUAGAUACUGCAGAAUUAGAACAUUAUAAUUAUGUUAUGCAAAAUAUUGCAAAAUGCGCUCAAACAUCUCCAUUUUUUAAAAAACCACCAGUUGUGGGAGAGAUGGUAAUUGCUAAAUUUGCAGAUGAAAAUUAUUAUCGUGCAAUUGUUACUAAAAUACAGGAUAAUGAAAUUGUAAUUUCAUAUAUUGAUUUUGGUAAUACAGAAGUUACGAAUAUAAAAAAACUUAAAAUUUUAUCUGAUAAUUUAAAACAGCUUCGAUCUUGUACAACAAAGAUUGUCCUAAAAGAUGUUCCUAUAGAUAUUCCUAUGACAAAAGAAGUAAGUGAUUAUUUAAAUUAUUUAACAGGAACUGAAGUUCCUUUAUUGUGUACAUUUGAUGGUGUACCUUCCAAAGAUGGUGUAUAUCUUAAACUUCAUAAUGGAGAAAAUGUUAACAAAGUAAUAAGUGAAUUACUUGUACCUACAUCAAAGAAAUUUGAAGAAGAUAAGACAUGUUAUAUGGCGGGUGAUUUAAGUACUAUUGACUUAGGAAAUAUUGGUGAUAUUGUUGAAGCACUUGUAUUAUAUCCUAUUGAUGAUGGUUAUAAAUAUGCAAUAUGUCCAUUAGAUUAUGAUUUAAUGACUCAUGUUUUUGAUAUAAUGCCAAAAAAAAUGACUGAAUAUUGCGAAGCAAAUGAUUACUAUAUUCCUCGUGAUACUGAACUUUGUCUUGCUUUUUAUGAUGGUGGAUGGUAUCGUGCCAUAUGUAUAAGUCGUAGCUAUACUCCUACAACAAGUGCUGUGUUUUUUGUUGAUUUUGGAAAUACUGAAUUUAUUGAUCAUAAAGAUAUACGACUUAUGCCAAAGGAUUUUAUGAGUCCUUAUGCACUUGCAAAUAUUUGUAAUAUUAUUAAUGUUGCAGCUAUUAAUGACAAUGGACAGUAUUCUACCGAAAUAGAAGAGAGAAUCAAAGAAUUAGUUGUUCCUGAUAAUUGUAUUAAAAUAAAGAUUGUUGAUCAUGAUUUGGAAUCUGGAAUAUACAAUGUGGAAUUACCAUUUAUUCGAGAUAAAUUAAUUGAAGAGAAUUUGAUAUCAGCUUGAAAAAAAGAUGAUAUAUAACUCAUUAGCAUUUUAAUUAAAAUGUUUAAAAUUAAAAUUAUUAAAAUAUUUUUAAAUAUAAUAGUAUAAGUAUUUUUGUAAAAGUAUUUUUAUAUUUUUAUAUGCUGUUCUACAUUUCUUUACUAAACUAAGUUU